UAGCAUGGGCAACUCCUCCAGGAAGGAGGAGGACGAGGAAGAGAAGGAUGGGGAUGGGGAGAAAGUGAAAGUAAUGGAGGAGGAGAAGAGGAGGAGGAAGAAGAAGAAAGAGGAGGAGAUGGAGGACGAUGAGCUUCCCCUAGGAGUGGAGGAGAUGCUGGCGAGCGGAGAUCCCGUCUUGGAUCUGAGCUAUAAGAAGUUCCGCAGGUUGCCCGGUGUGAUCUGUGGGCUACGCCACCUGGAGAAGCUGUAUGUCUGUGGUAAUAGCCUGCGGACCCUCCCGGAGAACAUCGUCCAACUAAAGGGCCUCCGCAUCCUGGCUCUAGACUUUAACAAGAUGGAGGACGUCCCGUUGGCCAUCUGCCAGCUCCGCAACCUGACACGUCUCUACCUGGGCUCCAACCGCCUGAUAUCUCUCCCUCCAGAGCUACGCAACCUUCAGAGCCUUCGCUGCCUCUGGAUGGAGAGCAACUACUUCACGUGCUUCCCCCGCCAGCUCUACGAUUUACCCCACCUCAGGUCCCUCCAGAUGGGGGACAACAGGCUACGGACCCUGCCCCCGGACCUGUGGCGUAUGGAGGCUCUGCGAGGGCUAUGGUUAUACGGGAACCGUUUCACAGAGUUUCCCCGUGUCUUACUCCGCAUGGUGGAUCUGGAGAUCUUAGACCUGGACAAGAACAAGAUCGCGGCGUUCCCUAAUCUGAGUCGGCUCCCCGCCCUCCGCCUCUUUUCCUACGACCACAACCCUGUGGAAGGGCCUCCCGGUGUGGGCGAGGAGGUGCUGCUGGUUGGGGAGGGGGCCCAGGAGGAGCUCCAGGAUCGGGCAGACAGGAAGGCUAAGAAGGAGCAGGAUGUGAGGGACGCGGAGGAGGCUGUGCUGGCCGGGGAUGGGCCUGUGAUCCAGGGCAUUCUAAAGACGGCCAAACAGAACAGUGCAUCGCACGCCGGGCACAAGUACAACGAGGUGGUAACCGAAGCGAUGCCCCUAACCGAGGAGGAGAGGAGGAAGAAGGAGAUGGAGGCGGAGUUAGAGAGGGCGUUGAACGACUACGGGGCGGGGCUUGAGUAUGACCUGGAGGGGAUAGAAUAUGACAAGGAGGAGCUUAUAUGUGAGGGGGAGGGGUAUGAGGUUGGGGAUUUGGAGUACGAGCGAGGAGAUAUGGACUAUGAGUAUGAGGAGGGGGAGGAGCUAGAGGAACCAGGAAGACAAGGGGGCCGGCAUUGAUGACUGACUGAUUGACUCCUCCUCCUGCAAAGGCUCUGACUCCUGCCCUCCUAAGUCUAGACUUGUUUGACCUUGCAGCAGACAUUGCAGGCGACUGACUGAUCUACAAGCCGCCUUGCAUCAUAAAUAGCUACUUCGAAUUAUUUGUAGAUCAGUCAGUCACAAUUUACCAACAAUGCAUCACGGAUUCGAUGCUCUCAGACACAGCCUCUCACCCCUCCCCUUCCUAAACCUAGAACCCCUCCCCUUCCUAAACCUAGAACCCCUCCCCUUCCUAAACCUAGGAUCCCUCCCCUUCCUAAACCUAGGACCCCUCCCCUUCCUAAACCUAGGACCCGUCCCCUUCCUAAACCUAGGACCCAUCCCCUUCCUAAACCUAGGACCCCUCCCCUUCCCAAACCUAGGACCCAUCUUCUUCCUAAACCUAGGACCCCUCCCCUUCCUAAACCUAGGACCCAUCUUCUUCCUAAACCUAGGACCCCUCCCCUUCCUAGACCUCGGACCCCUCCCCUUCCUAAACCUAGGACCCCUUUCUAAACCUACGACCCCUCCCCUUCCUAAACCUAGGAUCCCUCCCCUUCCUAAACCUAGGACCCCUCCCCUUCCUAAACCUAGGACCCAUCCCCUUCCUAAACCUAGGACCCAUCCCCUUCCUAAACCUAGGACCCCUCCCCUUCCUAAACCUAGGACCCAUCUUCUUCCUAAACCUAGGACCCCUCCCCUUCCUAAACCUAGGACCCAUCUUCUUCCUAAACCUAGGACCCCUCCCCUUCCUAGACCUCGGACCCCUCCCCUUCCUAAACCUAGGACCCCUUCCUAAACCUAGGACCCCUCCCCUUCCUAAACCUAGGACCCCUCCCCUUCCUAAACCUAGGACCCCUCCCCUCCCCUUCCUAAACCUAAGACCCCUUCCUAAAACUAGGAUCCCUCCCCUUCCUAAACCUAGGGCCCCUCCCCUUCCUAAACCUAGGACCCCUCCCCUUCCUAAACCUAGGAUCCCUCCCCUUCCUAAACCUAGGACCCCUCCCCUUCCUAAACCUAGAACCCCUUCCUAAACCUAGGACCCCUCCCCUCCCCUUCCUAAACCUAGGACCCCUCCCCUUCCUAAACCUAGAACCCCUUCCUAAACCUAGGACCCAUCCCCUUCCUAAACCUAGGACCCAUCCCCUUCCUAAACCUAGGACCCGUCCCCUUCCUAAACCUAGGACCCUUCCUAAACCUAGGACCCCUCCCCUUCCUAAACCUAGGACCCAUCCUCUUCCUAAACCUAGGACCUAUCCCCUUCCUUAACCUAGGACCCCUCCCCUUUCUAAACCUAGGACCCGUCCCCUUCCUAAACCUAGGACCCCUUCCUCAACCUAGGACCCUUCCCCUUCCUAAACCUAGGACCCCUCCCCUUCCUAAACCUAGAACCCCUCCCCUUCCUAAACCUAGGAUCCCUCCCCUUCCUAAACCUAGGACCCCUCCCCUUCCUAAACCUAGGACCCGUCCCCUUCCUAAACCUAGGACCCGUCCCCUUCCUAAACCUAGGACCCCUCCCCUUCCUAAACCUAGGAUCCCUCCCCUUCCUAAACCUAGGACCCCUCCCCUUCCUAAACCUAGGACCCCUCCCCUUCCUAAACCUAGGAUCCCUCCCCUUCCUAAACCUAGGACCCCUCCCCUUCCUAAACCUAGGACCCGUCCCCUUCCUAAACCUAGGACCCAUCCCCUUCCUAAACCUAGGACCCCUCCCCUUCCCAAACCUAGGACCCAUCUUCUUCCUAAACCUAGGACCCCUCCCCUUCCUAAACCUAGGACCCAUCUUCUUCCUAAACCUAGGACCCCUCCCCUUCCUAGACCUCGGACCCCUCCCCUUCCUAAACCUAGGACCCCUUUCUAAACCUAGGACCCCUCCCCUUCCUAAACCUAGGAUCCCUCCCCUUCCUAAACCUAGGACCCCUCCCCUUCCUAAACCUAGGACCCAUCCCCUUCCUAAACCUAGGACCCAUCCCCUUCCUAAACCUAGGACCCCUCCCCUUCCUAAACCUAGGUCCCAUCUUCUUCCUAAACCUAGGACCCCUCCCCUUCCUAAACCUAGGACCCAUCUUCUUCCUAAACCUAGGACCCCUCCCCUUCCUAGACCUCGGACCCCUCCCCUUCCUAAACCUAGGACCCCUCCCCUUCCUAAACCUAGGACCCCUCCCCUCCCCUUCCUAAACCUAAGACCCCUUCCUAAAACUAGGAUCCCUCCCCUUCCUAAACCUAGGGCCCCUCCCCUUCCUAAACCUAGGACCCCUCCCCUUCCUAAACCUAGGAUCCCUCCUCUUCCUAAACCUAGGACCCCUCCCCUUCCUAAACCUAGAACCCCUUCCUAAACCUAAGACCCCUCCCCUCCCCUUCCUAAACCAAGGACCCCUCCCCUUCCUAAACCUAGAACCCCUUCCUAAACCUAGGACCCAUCCCCUUCCUAAACCUAGGACCCAUCCCCUUCCUAAACCUAGGACCCGUCCCCUUCCUAAACCUAGGACCCUUCCUAAACCUAGGACCCCUCCCCUUCCUAAACCUAGGACCCAUCCCCUUCCUAAACCUAGGACCCGUCCCCUUCCUAAACCUAGGACCCUUCCUAAACCUAGGACCCCUCCUCUUCCUAAACCUAGGACCUAUCCCCUUCCUUAACCUAGGACCCCUCCCCUUUCUAAACCUAGGACCCGUCCCCUUCCUAAACCUAGGACCCCUUCCUCAACCUAGGACCCUUCCCCUUCCUAAACCUAGGACCCCUCCCCUUCCUAAACCUAGGACCCAUCCUCUUCCUAAACCUAGGAUCCCUCCCCUUUCUAAACCUAGGACCCCUCCCCUUCCUAAACCUAGGACCCCUCCCCUUCCUAAACCUAGGACCCAUCUUCUUCCUAAACCUAGGACCCCUCCCCUUCCUAAACCUAGGACCCAUCUUCUUCCUAAACCUAGGACCCCUCCCCUUCCUAGACCUCGGACCCCUCCCCUUCCUAAACCUAGGACCCCUUCCUAAACCUAGGACCCCUCCCCUUCCUAAACCUAGGACCCCUCCCCUUCCUAGACUUCAAACCCCUUCCUAAACCUAGGACCCCUCCCCUUCCUAAACCUAGGACCCCUUCCUAAACCUAGGAAACCUCCCCUUCCUAAACCUCGGAACCCCUUCCUAAGAUUCUGACUACUUGACAGCUUCCUGAUUUGCACUAGGAGGUGAUAUGAGAACUAAGUGGACAAUAUAGGGAAAACACCAGGAUUAAUAGCCUAUGUUAGUUAGUUAAUUAUCCAUUCAAGUGGAUUCAAAUUUUGUUCUUCUGCCUUUCAAGGCUAGACCUUUUUAUGACAACGCUCCAGCUGUCAUGACAACGCUCCAGCUGUCAUGACAACGCCCAACUAGAGGGUUGUUUAAGUUAGUAAAUCCUGUGUGAAAUGAAUGAAUGACUAGCCUCCCGAACCUGUUGCUAUAAUCUGUGACUUUGACAUUCUCUCUCCGUAGUUAGAAGUAGAGCAGGGGCUGAGCCACUAAAUAACUAAAGUCAUUAGAUGUUUCUUCAAACUGACCUGAAGACAGAUCCGUGUGCACUGCUCAUUGUGGAGAUGACGGCAGGCGACGGCGGCUUUGCCAACUCGGCAAAUUGGCAAGUCAGAGCAGGACUCCGGUGACGCUGUAUGUGUGUGUCAGUGUGUGUGUGUGUCUGCAUGGAGUGUGUGUGUGUGUGUGUGUGUCUGCAUGGAGUGAGUGUGUGUGUGUGUGUAUUUGAGUGGCUGUGUGUGAAUGCAGACACGCAAGUGUGUAUAUAUGUGUGCGUGUGUGAACGUGUACACGCUUGAGUGAGUGUGUGUGUGUGUGUGAACGUGUACACGCUUGAGUGUGUGUAUUUUGAAGUGGGGGGUAAACUUAUUACCUUGUAAUGUGAUAUAGUUUGUUUUGUUAAAUCCAUUAUGUGUAUAAAGGAAAUGUAAUCUUGCCUCAUUAAAUAAUGAUUGAGUUUA